UGCAACAUAUCAAACUUACAAGUUGCAUGCAAAUGGCAAUUCCUUCAAGUUUUGUUCCUUUCAUGAUACUAUCUUUUUGUAUGUUUUUAGUAGUUGGUGGUGUCAUUGUCCAAGCAAGAGCUGAAUCCAAGCCUAGAGCUUUCUUUGUAUUUGGUGAUUCACUUGUUGAUAGUGGCAACAACAAUUUUUUGGUAACUACUGCAAGAGCUGAUGCUCCUCCUUAUGGAAUUGAUUAUCCAACCGGUAGACCAACCGGUCGAUUCUCCAAUGGUCUCAAUAUUCCUGAUCUUAUCAGUGAAAGACUAGGUGCUGAGCCAGUGUUGCCAUACUUGAGUCCACGACUAAGAGGGGAAAAGCUUUUAGCCGGAGCCAAUUUUGCUUCGGCUGGAAUUGGUAUUCUUAAUGAUACCGGAGUUCAAUUUCUAAAUAUAAUUAGAAUGUAUAGACAAUUAGAUUACUUUGAAGAGUAUCAACAUCGAGUGGCCUCUAUAAUUGGACCAGCUAGGACUAAGAAAUUGAUCGAUCGAGCAUUGGUUCUCAUCACUGUUGGUGGUAACGAUUUCGUAAACAAUUACUACUUGGUGCCUUAUUCUGCAAGGUCUCGCCAAUAUUCGCUACAAGAUUAUGUCAAAUUUCUCAUUAUAGAGUAUCGCAAACUCUUGCAGAGAAUAUAUGAUCUCGGAGCUCGCAGAGUUAUUGUGACAGGCACCGGACCACUAGGUUGUGCUCCGGCAGAAUUAGCCAUGCGUGGAACAGAUGAGGGAUGUGAUGCUGAACUUCAAAGAGCUUCGACAUUGUACAAUCCUCAACUACUACACAUGGUACAAGGACUCAACAAGAAAAUUGGCAAAGAUGUUUUUAUUACAGCAAAUACAGCACUAGUACAUGCUGAUUACAUUAGCAACCCCAAAGCAUAUGGAUUUACUACAUCAAGAAUUGCUUGUUGUGGGCAAGGACCCUACAAUGGGAUUGGACUAUGCACACCACUCUCUGAUCUAUGCCCAGAUAGAAACUUGUAUGCAUUUUGGGAUGCAUUCCAUCCAUCUGAAAAGGCGAACAAAAUUAUCGUGGAGCGAAUUAUGUCGGGUUCUAGAAGAUACAUGAAUCCGAUGAACCUCAGCACUAUCAUGGAAUUGGAUGCUACCACAUGACAACUCUCACAUGUCUUCUUGUAAUUGAAAUUGAGAUUUGGUUUUAAUUUGUAGCAAGUGUGUGA